CUCUCCUCUCCGGCGUUGCUGUCCGGUUGUGAGGUUUCUGGAGCGGUGGUGAGGCGCGGCUGCGAGAGUGAGGUUUGGUGGCUCUUCCGAGAGUGACUUCGAGACAUUGCAUUAGAUCUGGCCAGAUCUGCUAGCAAGGGUGGGCGAUGAUGCUCCGGUGGUGGUGCUCUGGGUCUCCGACGCUUCCUUCAGCGUUAGUUAGCUGUGGUCGAUGAGAAGAACCCUCGUUCUCGGUUGGGGGUGCUCGUCUUUGCGAUCUCUCUCCAGAUCCUUCUGUCUCUCAUCACCAGUGAGAGGUGGCUGGUCAUGGAGUCGAUUUUGGAUCUCAAUUGGGUGCUCUGGUGGUGGUGAUGAUUCUCUGCCGGCAGUUUCUCCUUGAAGAUUGCUGCAGCAGCUCCUUGUGGCUAGAAGGCUUUGCUGCCUGGAUCUCGACGUAAGACUGGGCUCUCUUUCUUCGCGAAAUCAGAGGUGGCGUUCUGAUGAUGCGAGUGGCUGGAGCUUCUUUAUGCGGUGAAGGGUCAGGCUCCGGUUCUCGGGAUCAGUCGCUCGCGCGGGUUAUUGUUGGCCUAGGUUGUUGUAGUCGUCCUUGGUCUGCAAUCCCGGUGGCAGCGAGUGUUGCUAGCGCCUCUGCAGAUAGGGUGUAGUAUCGCCGUUCCUUGCCCUUUGGUGUUAGCGUCCUUUUCCCCGUGCAGAGUCUGGUAGAUGUGGCGGGUUAUCAUCCAUUAGUCUUUCCAAAUAAGAGCGGUUUCAGGCUGAAGUCUGGGUAUUGGUGGAUCCAGUGGGGGUCUUAGGUAUUGGAGUAGUGUGGUGCCUCUGAACUUCAGGUGGGUGAGUAGAGGUGGCUGUUUGCGGUGUUUGGUGGCUGGAGCUUCGACAGGCUCUGGUUCGUCGGUUCGCCGCUUCAGUGCAGUCCCAUUGUCGUCUACUGUGACCUAUUUGGAGGCGAGUGCGUGGGCAAGCCAUUAUAUACCGGCUCGUUCUCAUAUGUUUACUAGUUCUUUCACUUGAAACUUCUGAUCCUGCGUGUUGAGCUCUCCAGCCAAUCCUUUUAAGUGCUUCCCCAGUGAUCUUUCCUCUAACUCUUGCUUUCUAAGCCUAAAUCAUGUUUUCCUUAUUGUUUUUUUCGUUGUUGUUAUAUGUAGUUCAUUUUUGUUGUUGUUUCUGCUACUAGUGUGACCUCCUUGUUCCGAUGGUGUCUUUGCAUCUGCAGGUGGUAGGGCUUUGUAGUGAGGCUAUUUUUUGGAGGCGAGUGCUUGGGCAAGCCAUUAUAUACCGGCUCGUUCUCAUAUGUUUACUAGUUCUUUCACUUGAAACUCCUGAUCCUGUGUGUUGUGCUCUCCAGCCAAUCUUUUUAAGUGCUUCCCCAGUGAUCUUUCCUCUAACUCUUGCUUUCUAAGCCUAAAUCGUGUUUUCCUUAUUGUUUUUUUCGUUGUUGUUAUAUGUAGUUCAUUUUUGUUGUUGUUUCUGCUACUAGUUUGUGUCAUAAAUUUGAAAAUAGUAAUACAAGCUUAACAUGUUUACCAAAAAAAAAACUUAAUAAUAUAAUACCACAUAUGUAUACUAAUACCAUUAUAGAUCAUAAACCACACCAUAUACGAACGCAAAACGAGAAUUUAAAAUUUGGUAAUUACUAUUGGUUUAGUUAAGACAAACCCUAAUUACCCUUGACAGCAAGUUUAUAUAGCCUUGUGAUAAGUAGAAUUGAGUAACAUUUUAUACACAUAAUAUUAAGACGGAUGAAGAUUUUGUAAAAGCAAGUAAAUUUUUAGGAUCAAUUAAAUUAGAACGACUAUGCAUUAAAAAGAUAGAAAAUACAGGAAAAUAUAAUAAAAAACAUUGCUACAAUUUGAAAUUUAAUUCACAGUACAUUAUAUGUAAAGCUGCAAGAAUUUUGGAAUAUCGCCAUCUUCUUGUAAGAUAUCACACAUUACGUGAUAUGUUUCUCUAUAAAUUUAAAAGCAUAUGGACCGAUUAUUUUUGCUCGUAUUGUCAACUAAAUGAAGCUGAAUAUUAGGACAAAUCUUAACUGGUUUUUCCUCCAUAAAAAUUGCACCGGCUCGUCUACUCACAUAUGAAUCACUGCCUUCUCACUUGUUUGGUGCUCAAUGUCGUUGAUAUUGAUCUACAUUAAUUUCGAUUGAUAUAUAUAUAUAUAUCAUAUAAAAUAACAAUAUUGGUAAAUAUAAUGCUGAAUAAUUGGACAAUUAUAAAGAAAGGUCACAACAUUAUGAUCAAUAUUUUCUCCAAUUUAUUUGACGGUAUGAGUACUCACUUCACGAUCAGUCUCCUUCUCAAUUGUUUGGCCUCACUUCACGAUCAGUUUCCUUCUCAAUUGUUUGGCCUUCAAUGUAGUUUUCAUCCAUAUGCAUUAGAUAACAAACACAUUAGUAUAAUGAUGAUAUAAUAAAUAUAUUUAAAUAACAAUAUUGGUAUGUACUACCAUAAAUAUUGCAUCUACUCGUAUACUCAUAUCCUUCUUCACUGCCUUCUACAUAAGAAUACAAAUGAAAUGUAAAGACCUUAUACCAAAAAAAAAAAAAACAAUAUAUGCAAAUACUCCGAAUCUAUUUGGCAAUGCUUCAGUCUCGGCCUAGCUUUCCUUCUGCUAGUGUUUUGUGUGCUUGUGUUAAUUGUUUAAGUCCCUUGUCUCACCAUUAUUGCUUGUUCUUUCUCCUUGGUGUUUAGAUUUUUGUUUUUUUAUCUGCUACUAGUGCUCAAUGUAACUGCUGUCAAAAUUCUAAAACUUUAAUAUAAAAUUUAACAUUUGGACAAAAAAAACAACAAUAUAUGCAAAUAUAAAGGUGUAAAAUAUGACAAUUAAAAGCAUAGUCAAAGUAAUAUGAUCAAUAUUAAGAGAAUACUAGAUUCUGACCUGCCAUUUUGAUAUCACUCAAAUUACCCUAAGGAGUGAAUUUACUUUCUCAAAUAAGAGGUUUAAUUGUAGUACUUAUGGAUCGAAUUCACAAGGAGCUAGAGAACCUAAUAAAUCUAAUUGGAUUUGUUAAGUAAGGUGGUUUAAUGAUUUAAAUGUAAAAUUGUAGUUUGUUGAGCAAGUAAUUGCUCGAUUGAUUGGUUGACGUUUUGGUGCUUAAAAAGGAAAUAGCUAGAUUUAAGAUUUUUAUUCAGGAAACUUGGAAUUAUAAUCCUACAGAUGCCUAAUGAGUUGCAUGCAUGAUAAAAUAGAGCUCAACACUUAUAAACGAACCAGGCUUUCGUUUUCUAGGUUCGUCUAUUGACCAGUGUCGAUUGAUGAUUCUAUAUGAAUAUCGAUCGAUACACUAUUCGCAACGUCGAUCGAUUAUUCUAUUUGAAUAUCGAUCGAUACUAUUGGUCAAGCGUUAAUGCACAGGUUGAAUGUGCUCACUAAACUCACUAGAUCAGCUCUCGUCUUACUCUAGCAAGGAUCAUAGUUCAAUUAGAAUGGUUUCAGGAUGAGAUUGAAGCUAUCACUUAUAUCUAACAAUCCUAGGGAAAGUUCUAGGUAGGUAAUCUAGAAACAGACAUUAAUGAACAAUCCUAAAGAUGAUUAUCACAACUCAGCAAUCUAUAGUUGGGGCUAAUCUCUCAUAACCUAUUUAAACCCUAAAAUCUUACAAUGGAACUACUCAGACAUGGCCAAAAAAUUCAUAACAGCAAUAACGUAAGAAAACUUCAUUAGAAUAGUAAAUAGAUAUCAAUAGAGUUCCAAAGAAAUCAAAGGCUCUUCUGCCAAAUUAUGGACGUCUGUCGACCUAUGUUGGGACGUCAACGUCGAUCGACGGUCGGUUAGGAUGUCGAUACUUCUGCUUAACGCGUUUAUCUAUGCCACCAGUUGUGUCAUAGAAAUCCUUUAUAACCUUCUAUUGGUGCUCUGGAAUGUUUUGUUGUUGCACGAAGAGGUUACCUGCUCCAUUAGCUGUCUAAAGGAUGUCUGCAAUAUCCUCCCGAGAUACGUAAAAUAGAGUAUAAAACACAAAACUUAUUAAGAAGAAACAUAACUAUAUAUAUAUGUGAAUUCUAUUAAUUUAAUAAAAACGUAAGAAUAUAAAAGUUUCAUAAACUUAUGAAUAUACUUUUAUUCAUAAUAUUCUUUUGAUUAUUUUAACACUGGUGUAAUGUUUAUGGUUAUUUUGCUUUGGAAAAGGUUUUGAAAAUGAUGAAGAUGUGAAGAAAAUUAUAUUUUGCGAUUAAUUCUGAUUUGACAACAUUUUUAUAGCCUCUUAGAAAGAAAACUAUACAAUUAUAAAUAAUUAAUAAAAUAUUUCUAAAUUUUAUAUUUUAUAAAUUAUUUCUUAGAAAUUUAAAAAUCCGUAUAAAUAGUUUCAUAAAUCCUAAUAAGUGGUUUUAUGACUCAACAAAAUAAUUUGUUACCUAUGAAGAAAUAAUCUAUAAACUUAAAAUAUGAUUUAAGAAUUUUAUAAAAUAGUCCUAUAUAUAUUAAUUUAAAAUUAAAAACCAUCAAUAAGUAUUUAGAAAAAUAUUUUAUUAAAUUCUUAUCAUUUUUAAAUUUUAAAUAUUUUACAAACCUGUUAACCUUAUCGAUGGUUUUUAAUUUUAUAAAAUAUUUAUAAAAGUAUUUUAUAAGAUUAUUAAAUCAUUUUAAUAAUUUUAAAUAAUUUACAAACAAGUUAACCUUCAUAAAGAUUUUCUAAAUUCAUAUAAAUGAUGAGAAAUUCUUCCUUAUAUAUGGUUUUAUAAAUCUUUAUAACAUUUUUGAUAGAUCUUUAUAUAUUUAUUUGUAGACUCUUAUUAAUGAUAUAAUAAUCAUUAUUGAUGAUUUGACACCUUAAAAAUGAUUCUUGAAUAUUUAUAUAAUUAUAAACUAUUAUGUAUAUUUUAUAAACCAUUAGAAAUGAAUCAAUAAAAAUGACUUUAAUUUUUCUUAAAGAAAUAUAUAUUAACCAUCACAGAUGAUUUUAAACUAAUGCAAAUAAUUUAUAAACUCGCUAGUUGAUACAUUAAUAGCUAUUAUAAUAUCUUUUAUUAGGAUUAUAUGUUUAAUAUAUGUAUUAUGACUUAUAUAGAAAAAUAAAGCUUUUUACAACUGUUUAUAGUAGAAAAUAAAGCUAGUAUAUUAUUUUUAUUAACUACUUUUAACAACAUAAUUCAUACUCCCUCCGUUUCAAAAAGUUACAUAUUCUAGAAAAAAAUUGUUUCAAAAAGAUGUAUUUUCAAUGUAUUUUUUUGCCAACUAAUGAUGAAAAAUUGUGAAUUUCAAGAAUAUUAAUUGCAUUUCUUGAAGUUUUGACUGGUUUAGAAAUAUAAGAAACAUAAAAUUACAAAAAACUAUGCAUUAAUAACUACGUUUUAUUAUGUUUUAUUAAUAAGAGUGAAAAUCCUAAAACAUGUAUUAUUCUGAAACGGAGAGAGUAUAAUUUAUAAAUAGACUAUUAGUGCAAAAAAAGAAAUGAUGGGGUAUUAAAUAGAAUUUUCAUAAUUGCUACCAUUAAAUACUAUAAAUGAUUAUGCAUAAGAAUAUAUAUAAAUAGUUUGAAAACUAACAUUAAUUGGUUAUGGAUUGCCUUUUUUAGAUUUGAUUAAAAUAAAUAAAAAUUAAAAAUUAUUGACCAAUAAAAUUAUAAGAAUUUUUCUCAAAUUAUCUGUAUGAGUGACACGUCAGCAGAAACUUAGUAGAGUGACUUCUCAAUUAUCUGUAUCAAGUAUAUUCUAUAUUCAUAAAUUGGGAUCACCAAAGAUUGGUGUAUAUCCAUUAACAAAAAUAAAAAUUGGUAUAUAUCACAGUCGCUUAAAAAAAGGGGCUUUAGUAGAGAAAAAGGUCACAUAUACGUGAGUUUCGUAAUCCUAAUAACCCGUUAACCAAAAGCAUGCCUCUCUGCAAUGACUCCUCCCGCAACCUUGCCGUGGCCGUUGCUCUCUUUUUUGCCGGUGUCCUAUAUUUCAGCUUCUCCACACAUUCAAUUUCCGAUCAUAUCUCCGAUCUCUUACACAAUACCAACACUCCUCAGCAAGUGUGGUCACAGAAAACUAUAGAGUUUCCACAGGACGAGCUUGAGGCAGUAUUGGAGAGUGCGGCUGCAGGAAACAACAAUACGGUGAUAAUAGCGCUUGUGAACAGAGCGUACGUGGAGGAGGUUGGAGAAGGGAGGACGAUGCUAGAUCUGUUCCUGGAGAGUUUCUGGGAAGGAGAAGGGACUUUGCCGCUUCUAGACCAUUUGGUGCUGGUGGCAACAGAUCAUACGGCCUAUGAUCGCUGCCGCUUCAAGAGGCUCCAUUGCUACAAGAUGGAUAUUAAAGGUGUUGACUUGGAGGGGGAGAAAGUGUACAUGUCAGCUGAUUUCAUUGAGAUGAUGUGGCGAAGGACUCACUUUCUCCUCGAUGUCCUCAGCCGCGGCUACCAUAUUCUUUUCACGGACACGGACGUGUUGUGGCUAAGGACCCCCUUCUCCCGGCUAAGCAACAACGGGAGCUUGGAUAUGCAGAUAAGCGUUGACCAAAACAACGUGGAAGCUGGACACGCCAUCAACACAGGAUUCUUCCACGUCCGGUCCAACAACAAGACUUUCUCCCUCUUCAAUAAAUGGUACGAUAUGAGGCUCAAUUCGCCGGGCAUGAAGGAACAAGACGUCCUCCAGAAGCUCCUCGACACGGGUUUCUUCAAUCAGCUCGGUCUCAACGUUAACUUCCUCAACACCACUGAAUUCAGCGGCUUCUGCCAAGACAGCACUGACAUGGGCGUCGUCACCACUGUACAUGCCAACUGCUGCCGCCACAUUCCCGCAAAGAUCUUUGAUCUCACUCUUGUUCUCAGCGACUGGAAAAGCUACAAGACCUCCCAUGUCAUCAACAAGUGGAGCCCUCAUCAUAAAUGUGGGGGUUCAUGGAAAGACAACGACUAUGUCCCCAAGCCAUGAUCCUCUUGUAAUGCUAAUGAGAUUGCCAUAUAUCUUACAUACUAACAUAAUUAAUUUAGAGUUUUAUUAUACUCAUAAGCCUCUCAAGAUCGCAAGUUCAUGGAUAUUGGUGAUAUAGUUUAGAUACCCUUAUUCACUUUUUUUUUUAUAUACCAGUGUUAUUUUCAGAAGUGCCAUGUUUACAAAGCAUCAACCAUAUUUAAGAUUUAGAAAACUUGGUUCUGAAGAAUUUACCUUAUCAUAUUCGCUGGUUCGUUUUAAACACCUAACGGCUAAAGCUUUUCCAUAUAUAACCCACAAAUAUGGUGAAUAAAUUCUUAUCGCCACUGAAGUUGCACUUUUUUUAUCACGAAAUACAAAGAUAAAUGUAAGUACGAAUUCGCCAAUGGCGAGUUGCUGAUAUCAAUCAAGUAGGGCACAGACAUGUUGACAUAGGAGAAAACACAGUUCCUUGUUCAAGCAUGUUUGACAAGGAAAUCUGCAUGGCUGUUAUUGGAUAUAGGGUGGUAGACUACCUUGACUACAUUUGACAAGGAAGUUGCACUUAAAAAAAAAAAGAUAAAUUAAGAGCUUUGACAAAAAAAAAAAAGACAAAUUAAGAGCUU